UAAUCAAGGCUUUGUUCCCUCAAGCUUAUUAGGUGGUUCAGAGCCGAAAUCUGGUGGUAAUUCUGUACCAGGUCACGGUCAGAAUCAAUUACCUAAGUCCAGUUCUCCAAAUGGUAACGCGUCUCCAUCAUCAAGUCAAGGCAAAGUCCCUACUUCCGGCAAAGCAUCACCGGAUAUUCGCAAAAUACCUUGGCAAGAAAAAGAAAAUGCAUGUAUUUUUGGUCAGAAUCAGUCACCUUGUCAGAUUAGCACGAGAGUUGUUGAUAUGUUUCAUGUUUUCUUAUAUAACAACUUACAAGCAGUGCCGGAUGAAAAGGCAAAAAAAGAUAUUACUCUCCUAAUGGCAAGGGCCGUGCCAUAUCUAAACAACGAGCCACGAAUUACGAAUGCAUCAAAUUUUUACAUUCGCGUAGAAACAAUUUCAAUAUUUGGAAUUUUUGGUGCCACACCACCGUUAGGAGGUACAUAUGGUCCAAUUUCUAUAUCUUUAGAAGAACCUCCACCAG